AUGGCAGCCGCUGGUCAGGUCGCUGGCACCGUCGCCAAGAUCGCCAUCAGUUUGAUCGAAAAAGAACAGGCGGAGCAAGCCGCCGAUGAGCGCCAGAAUCAGAUAAUGAGAGCCUUGAACAAUAUACAAGGCACGCUCCAGACCAUCCAAGUUCAACAAGAGCAGCUGGCGGAUAUCGGGAUGCUGCACUCCUCCCUCCAAGUAAUUGAGACCUGGCAGGAUGGGUAUCCUACUGCCGUCCAAAACAAUGAUACAGAGCAGAUAAAGAGCUAUAUUCAAGCCUUUAAUAGCAAGGGUGCGGAAGGUGCUGCGUAUAAUGUCCAGAAUAUCUUCAAUGUUUUAACUGGGCAGGGUGAAGCAGCUUCUGGAGAGUCUGGAGCAACCCCUCUCGUUCAAAUAUGGCAUGACCAAAGCUAUGAGAAGAUGUACUCCCAGGAUGCGCUCAUUCUUCAGCAAUACCUUGUUGACUUUGACAAUGCACUCGCUUGGGCGUUCGCCACGGCGGGCUUUGCUUUGACAUGUCAGAUAAUCGCGUUACAAGACAAGAACAUGACACAUGAAGAGAUCCAAAAUGAAGUUGACCAGAUCACGAGUCAAUUUACUGCCAAUGUAAACGGGGUCUUCGAUACGGCGUAUGAACAAUUUCCGGCAUUUGUCAAGAAAUUCAAGCUGAGCUACCAGGACCAAGGCUCGAACCUGACCAAUUGGUUCAGAAUGUGGCGUAAUAAUAGCCACAUCAAGAACUACACGCCUAUAGCAGGCGGGCCACAUGUGUUAAGUCCAUUUAAUGACUUCCCCAACUCUCUUUCCCUUGCGCAGGCUUACGAGCUCUACCCAGCGCCAUGUGACGACGCUGAAGGUAUCUACCCUGAGGUAGAGUUCAGAUUCGACGAGACAGCCCACCCGCUAUACGGUCUCGCGACAAUCUACUCGCGAGAUGGCGAUCUACCUCUCCAGGCGUACAAUAUUGAAGGGCGCAUGGGCUUGACGACGACGGCGGAUCCAAGUUAUUGGGGUCUAGGGCCUGACGCCACCGGACUUAUAAACAUCACCUUCAAUGUAUUGCCCGUGAGCACCAAGUAUUCGAAAACUGAUGCUCCUGCGUUCGUCCUUUUGUUAAACAAAGGUGCCAAUAUCGAUACCCAAGGAUGGCCUUGGGAUAUCGGGAGCGCUUCUCCUCUCGAGUAUUGGAUCUUACGCGACGAUGGAACUAUACAGUCCCCAUGGGUGAGAACAGAUGGUGGCCCGACGCUGCCUCCUCUCCAGCAGCCAACGGCGCCUGGUCCUAAUCCAGUUGAUGAUGGGCAAAACCAGUCGCAGUGGACACCUGACCAGUUUGUUCAAAACUAG